AUGGUUGUGGGACGGGUUUUGCGUGCAAAUGGCUGUGCGAGUUGCCGCACCGCGUUGUUGCGACGUUUUGCCUCUGACCUAGGGCUACCUCUCAGAGUAUCACCACAGCGAUUACCACUACGGGCUAUUCGGUCGCAAUCGGAAUCAGAUAGACGGCUGUUCUCGAGCCAGUCGAACUUCCAAAACCAAAAUAGUGGCCGGGGAGACAGCGAGGUGGCCGUUUCCGACGCGGAGAUCGAGGCACUGGAAUCAAUCCAGCCGGAGGAAGUGAUCGAGAACGAAAAGGAAGUGGAAGCGGAAGUGGAAGUGUCGUCUGUUCCAUGGUAUCUUCAAGUCGAGUCGCCCCAACGAGCACCGAAGCCAUUGUCCGAACGACAAAGGAUACCAGAUUUGCCAGAAUCGCCGCCUCUUGUCCUACAACCUUUACUCCAACAAAUAUCAAUCGAUCUUGGUCUCGAUGAUCUCACCCUCCUUGAUCUUCGGAAACUCGACCCACCACCUGCACUUGGGUCCAACCUGCUGAUGAUUAUCGGCACUACGCGGAGCGAAAAACAUCUACAUGUAUCUGCAGAUCGAUUAUGUCGAUGGUUACGAAGCACAUACAAGCUACGCCCUAAUGCAGAUGGACUUUUGGGGAGGAAUGAGUUGAAAUUGAAACUGAAACGAAAGGCCAAGAAGGCAAAGCUUAUGGGGAGUGCCGCAGUCGAUAACGUAGAUGAUGGAAUACGGACUGGCUGGGUAUGUGUUGACGUGGGUGUUGUCGAAAGUGCAGAAACAGAGCCUGUUUCUGAGCAGUCAGACUUUGUCGGUUUUGGCCGAAAAUCAGACGGCACACGCAUAGUGGUACAGAUGCUUACGGAGGAGAAGAGGAAUGAGAUGGAGCUGGAAAAGCUUUGGGGAGGCAUUCUCGAAAGAGCAAAUCGCAAGGAACUAGCUGACCUGGAUGAAAACGCGGAGUCUGAAUCGAUGAUAAGCAACGAUGUGGCGCCGACAGAGCCCAGCAUAGCAUUGCCAAUACACAGUUCGAAUCACAUCACCUCGCAGACGGUUUCGGGCACCCGUGGAUUUCAUACACUUGCACGCAGGCUAGAGAUGAUGGGGGAACCAACACCCCAACAAGACCCUGUCUUGCUGCACGAUCUCUCUAGUGAUGCCUUGCGCGCAAUCAAGCCAGCAGAGCUUUACGAGUCAGUGAACCAAUAUAUUGAGGCGGGCAACUAUGAAAUUGCUAGGCUUACAUUACACAAGAUUAAAGACCACCUCACAGGACUUGAAGGUGACAGAUGGAGCAAUUUCCUUCUCAACAAGCUCCGUUUGAAGCUCGAAGCUGUCCCCAAGGAACAGGCUCUGGAGUACCUCGGCGCUGGGUCAUCAGACUAUACUUCGACUCCGUUUCUCUCGUGCUUCUACCGAACGUUAUCCGACAGCCCAACUGCGUCGGACGCAAGGGCACUGAUCUGGCUGCAUUGCUUUGCUCAGUCUCUGGGCCAUCCAGGUUAUAAUUCCUCUGGUCUGAUAGACCUGUUUAACCAGCUUCACGCAAGUAUGGCGCCGAUCCCGACAGAAUCCUAUGCCCUUCUCCUCGCUGGCGUUCUCCAUCGAGAUGGACAAAAUGGCGAUUCUAGCGGCCCUUCGCGUGUUGCCCUUGGUGCCGCUACAAGCAUUAUUCGAACUAUGCAUACUCAAGGUCUCAAUGUUCUCGAUGACCAGGUCCUAGUGAGCUUGCAAGAAGCCGUGUCACCAAAUGAGUCUGAAGCGUCACCAGGGGUUCCACUGCAUCAAGAUGGUGCCGAGACCUUUGACUUGCCCUCGUUCCAGAUGUCGCCGGUGCAGCAUAGGCUGCACAUCCUCAUAAUGAAAUUAGACCUGCAGUGCUUCCAAGACCAGUCAAGAAUACGACUGCUGGACCUGUACUGGAGACACCAGCACUGGGUUGAAUUUUGGGAUAUUUGGAGGAUGGCUCCUAAACGUGGCAAGGCCCAGUCCCCAGUUCUAUAUGCCUUCAUGCUUGGACGAGUCGCACAGACUGGCAACCAGAAGGGGUGUAUGAAUGUCCUGCGAACUUGGCUGCCUGAGAUGGAACGUGAAGCUCAGCCUGUGGCUCUAGAGGGGCAAGUCGCGCAAGCGGCGAUGGCGUGUUUAAAGGUUGUGAUGCCCAAUAUUGAAGAAGCUGCUAGUGAUCCAGCGGCGAAGGGGGAGUGGAUUUCUUGGUGGCGGAAGUGUAUCGUAUAG